AGCGCAGUGCGACCGGUGGCGGAUCCUUAGCGGUGCCGGGAGCGCGGGGGGGGCACGUUCCGUCGCAGCGCCGCGCCUGGAGCCCCUCCCUCCCUCCGUGCUGCUGCCGCGCUCCCGCCGCGCGGGCCGACGCUGUCACCGCCGGGCACCACCAGCAUGUUUGACAGGACGCGGCUGCCCUUCGUGGCGCUGGACGUGCUCUGCGUGCUGCUGGCUGGCUUGCCUUUUGCAAUUCUCAGUUCACGACGUACCCCCUUCCAGAGAGGAGUUUUCUGUAGUGAUGAAUCCAUCCGGUAUCCAUACAAAGAGGACACCAUAUCUUAUAAGUUUUUAGCAGGAAUAAUUAUUCCUUUCAGUAUAAUUGUUAUAAUCCUAGGAGAGACACUCUCAGUUUUUUACAAUAAUUUGCACUCAAAUUCAUUUGUCAGAAAUAACUACAUAGCCACUAUUUACAAAGCCAUUGGAACCUUCAUUUUCGGAGCAGCUGCUAGCCAGUCAUUGACAGACAUUGCCAAGUACUCCAUAGGUAGACUGCGUCCUCACUUCCUUGCUGUCUGCAAACCCGACUGGACACGAAUCAACUGUAGUCUGGGUUACAUUGAGAACUUCACUUGUAAUGGGGACAAAGCAACAAUCAAUGAGGGAAGACUGUCAUUUUACUCUGGCCAUUCUUCAUUCUCCAUGUACUGUAUGCUCUUCGUAGCACUUUACCUUCAGGCCAGAAUGAAAGGGGACUGGGCAAGACUUGUACGUCCUACUAUACAAUUUGGUCUCAUUGCUGCAUCUAUCUACGUGGGUCUCUCACGUGUUUCUGACUACAAGCAUCACUGGAGUGAUGUUUUAACAGGACUCAUCCAGGGAGCAGUGGUAGCUGUGCUCAUUGUUGUGUAUGUGUCUGACUUCUUCAAAGUGAGAGGAUGUACAUUUCAACCAAAAGAAGACUCCCAUACAACCCUACAUGAGACCCCAACAAAUGGAAAUCACUUUGGCAGCAAUCAUCAACCAUGAAGAAUGACCCACAUCACCUGUCUUGCUCUGAAAGAAAACAACUUCACAAGUUUAACUAUGUAAUAUAAGUAAAUGCCUUUAAGGGACUGCUGCUGCUCUUGGAUGCUCACUUUACCUGUAUAUAGUAACAUCUGCCACAGUUAUUGUAUAUCUAUAAACUUAAAAUUUCUGUUGGUUAUAGCUCUCACUUAAAAGAAAAAGCUAUUCCAAUUGUAAAUUUUUAUUGAAAAACAGUAACAAGUUAUAUUACAUACACUGCUGUUUGUAUAUGCCUUGUUGAAACAACUCUGGUUUAAGUACACACCAUUAAAAGAAAUUACUUGACAUGGAAGUAACGUGAUGCU